AUGGACGACUUUGUCAAGCACACCAAAGACAGCGACGACAAUCGCUCGGAAACUCAGCGUCUCACUGAUCAACAUGAUACAAUCGUGGCUGCCAUGUCCGGAAAGCUCAUAUCUCCACCGAUAGAUCUGUCAGGCUCACCAUUGCAUAUUCUUGACUCGGGCUGUGCGGAUGGUCGAUGGAUUCUUGACUUGCGUUCCACCACCACGGUUGAACACACGUACAUAGGUACAGAUAUCGACUCCGCUCUUUAUCCUACCGACGCUCCGACAAACACCCACUUCCAAAACCAGUCCAUUCACGAUGACUUCCCCUCUGAAUGGCAAGGUGCCUUCGACAUUGUCCACCAGCGCCUUGUACUAGCAGCAGCACCACCCCACAGUGUCCAGUCCAUCGUUGAUAAGCUGGUUGGCUUACUCAAGCCAGGAGGAUAUCUGCAACUURUGGAGAUCGACACAGACUCGACUCCUUCCAAUGGCCCAGCGCUGCAGAGCUUUUUGGGAAACGCACAAGCCAUGUCUUCCGCCAGUGGCAUGGGACCCAAUCUUGCCAAGGACCUUCGAGACUGUCUUCAAACUGCCGGGCUGGAGCAAGUUACGGAACAGUCAGUGACUUUGGAACAUGGUGUCUCGAACCCCGACAAGUCUCUGGCUCAAAAGAGCGUUCGUAGCCUGUGUAACGCUGUACCACCACUUAUGCAGGGCAAGAAGAUGAUAUUACCAGACAAGUACUCUGAAGAUGAAGCAUCAACAUUGCAGUCCCGCCUACGCAGCGAGCUUGAGGAGAUGGGUGGCCAGACUCAAUGUAUGAUCGUAUGGGGACGAAAGAGUAUGUAG